AUUUCUUUUGUUGUUGUUAAGAGUUUUCAGAAAAGGGCCGGCCCUUGGCCUUCAGCCUCCUUUUCCUCACAUGCUGGGGGACCUGGAGCCAACAUGGAUCUUCCUCUUGACAUCAGCUGAGCCUGGAAGAAGCAACCUCUUACACCAUGGACAGAGGCAGCCACCGGAAUGCUUCUCCAGCAAGGCCAUCUCCUCAGGCUUCUCCAGCACGGGCAUCUCCUCAGGCUUCCCCAGCAAGGACACCUCCUCCUCAGGCUUCCCCAGCAAGGGCAUCUCCUCCUCAGGCUUCUCCAGCACGGGCAUCUCCAGCACGGGCAUCUCCAGUCCGGGCAUCUCCAGCCCGGGCACCACCUUCCAGGUCAUCGUCAGGCAGAUCAUCAUCUGCCCGGUCAGCCUCCACAACAUCCUCCCCAACGAGAGUGUACCUUGUUAGAGCAAUACCAGUGGGGACUGUCAUCCGGGCAUCUCCUGCCAGGUCAGCACCAGCCACCAGGGCCACCAGGGAGAGCCCAGGUCUCAGUUUCCCCAAGUUCUCCUGGCAGGAGACCCAGAGACAGCUGCCACUCAUCGGGUGUGUCCUCCUCCUCAUCAGCCUGGUGAUCUCACUCAUCCUUCUCUAUGGGGGACGGGAGCCCCAGAGUCCAAGAGGGAUUGCAGUCUACUUCUGGCGAGGCCACACAGGGAUCAAGUACAAAGAGCCAUUGGAGAGCUGCCCCAAGCAUGCAGUUCGCUGUGAUGGAGUGGUGGAUUGCAAAAUGAAGAGUGAUGAGCUGGGCUGUGUCAGGUUCGACUGGGACAAGUCCCUCCUCAAAGUCUACUCUGGGUCUUCUGGUGAGUGGCUUCCUGUCUGCAGCAGCAGUUGGAACGACACCGACUCCGAGAGGACCUGCCAGCAGCUGGGCUUUGACAGUGCCUACCGAACAACUGAGGUGGCCCAUAGGGACGUCACCAGCAGCUUCUUACUCUCCGAAUACAACUCCACCAUCCAGGAAAGCCUCACCAGGUCGGAAUGUCCUUCCCGGCGAUACGUCUCCCUCCAGUGUGCCCACUGUGGUCUGAGAGCUAUGACCGGGCGGAUCGUGGGAGGGGCUCUGACCUCGGAGAGCAAGUGGCCCUGGCAAGUUAGCCUGCACUUCGGCACCACCCACAUCUGUGGGGGCACGCUCAUUGAUGCCCAGUGGGUGCUCACCGCUGCCCACUGUUUCUUUGUGACCCGGGAGAAGAUUCUGGAGGGGUGGAAGGUGUACGCAGGCACCAGCAACUUGCACCAGCUGCCUGAGGCUGCCUCUAUCUCCCAGAUCAUCAUCAACGGCAACUACACCGAUGAACAGGAUGACUAUGACAUCGCCCUCGUGAGGCUGUCCAAGCCCUUGACCCUGUCAGCUCACAUCCACCCUGCCUGCCUCCCUUUGCAUGGGCAGACCUUCGGCCUCAAUGAGACCUGUUGGAUCACUGGCUUUGGCAAAACCAAGGAAACAGAUGAGAAGACAUCUCCCUUCCUCCGAGAGGUUCAGGUCAACCUCAUCGACUUCAAGAAGUGCAAUGACUACUUGGUCUAUGACAGUUACCUUACCCCAAGGAUGAUGUGUGCGGGGGACCUUCGAGGAGGCAGGGACUCCUGCCAGGGAGACAGUGGAGGACCCCUCGUCUGUGAGCAGAACAACCGCUGGUACCUGGCAGGAGUCACCAGCUGGGGCACAGGCUGUGGCCAGAAAAACAAGCCUGGGGUGUACACCAAAGUGACAGAAGUACUUCCCUGGAUCUAUAGAAAGAUGGAGAGUGAGGUACGUUUCCGGAAAUCUUAGCCAUGCCCUCCUCACAUUGGUGACUGCUAUGAAGAUCCUGGCCAAAGGGAUUGGCCAUUUGCAACACCUGGACCAGUGACCACCAGGCCUCUUUGUUCAUUCCACCUCUGCUGCUUACUGUCUCUGUGAUAGUGUCUAAGUGGUUGUGUGUGUGUGUGUGUGUGUGUGUGUGUGUGUGUGUGUGUGUGUGUGUCUUACUAUUUUUACAAGUUCUUCAGAAAACAGGAAAACUCUUCUCAGAAUCCCAGGCUGGAAAUCUGGAGUUAAGAGUUUGGGCACCAGGUGUGUCCCUAAGAGUCCAUAAGUGGAGGUGGAGCCAAAAAUGAGCCCAGGAAGGGCUUGGAACAUGACAGCAGCAGUUGUCGCUCUUCUGACUCCAACUUGAAGACCAGCUUGGUUUGGUCAGACCCUCAGCAGUCAGUGACACCAUUGCUGUGCUGGGGUAGCAUAAAGUUUUGUCAGAGGCUGUCUUUUCAGUGCCUGGACCAUCUGUCCCCUGUGGAAAGCCAUUCCCAUCUGUGCUGCAAGCAUCCGGUCUCUCAGUCCCUUGUAGCUGCCAUGGAUUCCAGAGCUGGGCUCUGCUGUAGCUGUCCAUCUCUGGGUGAUGACUGUGAUUCAGGCUUGUGUAUGUUUGGUCGCAAGCUGUUGGGGUGGAUUUUAUUUUUAUAUUUAAAAUAUAGAAAUAGAUGUAACUUUAAAGAGUCUCCAAAAUUCCUAGGGACCUUGGGAGUUUUUGCAUGAAUCACCUCAUGAACUCCAGGGGACCUGUGGGAGAUGUACCGCUGUAGCAUCCUGUGAUAGAUUACUGGUUUAGGAAAUCAGGAGAAGUGCCCUGAUGAAGUCCUCAGGACAGACAUCUCCAAGUCGGUGUAGAGACUAGGGACCUUUGAAAUACUCAGGGAAGAAAACCCUCGAUUGGAUUGGGUUGAUCAAUAAAUCCAGUGCAUACUGAUCUGGCCUCCAAGGACUCUAGCCAGUCAGAAGAUGUGUGCACUGCCCUGGUUCGCCUCCACCUCUGAGGAAAUCUACACAGACAGCGUCCAUUACACCCAAGGGCUGACUGUGAAGUUUGCUUCUGUCAUCCUUCAUCGUUCAGCCUUGUACUGACUCAAAAGGCCAUAAAGAGAAAGCAAGAACUGUCCUCAGAACCUCUAAACAGUCCUUCUGGGCAGCCUAAGUUGACCAUGCUCCUGGUCUUCCCUGGGCCUUUUCUCUUGGUCACCUGCUGUUCCUCAGCUCCACUCUCUUCAACCUUCCGGUGGGCCUACCUGACCUCUUGUGAUACUGAGUCUCAGAGGCAAGUUCAAGGAGAUCAGACCAGUUCAGGACAGCUCAGGACAUCUGGAGGUAGCUGGAGUGAUUGGGCAGCAUCAGACAGGGCUGGAACACUAGGGAAUCUCUUCAAGGCUGGGAAGGAGGCAGGCAGCAUCCACGUCUGCAGAAGAUCCCAGCAAUGAGCUUCCAUAAUAAAAGUGUGUGGCACAAA